AUGCACCGAGGCGUGCCAGGACCAGGCCUCAGGGGCCUGAAGGGGGCGGAUGGCUCUGCCAAGGACUGGGGGGACUCUUGCCUGGAGGCCGGGAGGGAUUUUGGGGUGUUGAGGGAGAACGGCGCCCCCCGUGGCCUGGGAGAGGCUGAGGAGGUACCGAGCAGCAGAAAGCGCACGCGGCCGGUGCGGUCCAAGGCGCGGCGCGUGGCAGCCAACGUGCGGGAGCGCAAGCGCAUCCUGGACUACAAUGAGGCUUUCAACGCAUUGCGCCGGGCGUUGCGGCACGACCUGGGCGGCAAGAGGCUCUCCAAGAUCGCCACGCUGCGCAGGGCCAUCCACCGCAUAACGGCGCUCUCCUUGGUCCUGCGUGCCAGCCCCGCGCCCCGCUGGGCCUGCGGGCACUUGGAGUGCCAUGGCCAGGCCGCGCGCGCUGGGGGAGCCGGGGACGCCGGGGACAACGGCUCCAGUUCACCGCGGCUCGCGCCGCCGCCCGCCAGGCUCUUUGCGCCGCGCUGCGCCUCGUGCUCCCCGCACACGCCCCUGGGACGGCCCAGGUUGGUGGCGGAGGCGCAGGGCUUGUCCCAGGCCUCCGCGGGAAGCUGGCGCCGAUGUCCAGGAGCUCCCUUUGCCUGGCCGCUGGGCCACCCGCGGGCGGGCCCUGUGCUGGACCACCAGCACCCUUGACCUGGCCACGGGCAGGUGGAGGGAGGCUGGCCUGGGGGGAGCCAGUGGCAGGAUGACUACAAACGGGAAGACUGCAGAGAGCGUUCCAGAUGGAGCAAAACUGAAUCGGCUGAAGCCUGAGGGGGAAAGGCAGUGUUGGACUUGCCAGUGGGAAGGUACUCUGGAGCCUGGGGCUGCGUACCUCACUCUCCACAAUCCCAAUCUGGGGUGGCAGCUUGGAGAAAGGAGCAGCAAGGAUCCUGCCUGGCUCUUUCUUACAUUCGGACUUGAUGAACUCUUCUUGGAAAGUGACUUUUGCAUUUCUGUGCCUCUGACUCCUAUGUUCUCUUGCAGCUUUUUAGAAAAAUGGGAGCUUUUGGACAGGGAGACUUGUAUGUAGGGUGUGGUCUGAUGGCACAGUGCGGGGUCCCCUGCCCCUGCCUGUGCUGAUGCCCUAAGUCUGUGACCUGGGAGAGGAAAUCAGAAGCAGCCAAA